AUGUUUGGUUUUCAUUUGGGUAUAUCAGGUGGCAUGAUUUCUAUGGAUUCUUUUCUGAAAUUCUUCUAUCAAGUGUAUGGAAAGGAGAACAACAUAAAACCCUCAAACGAUCCGUAUUGCAAAUUUGACAGCCAAAUAUUGGCAUUAUUCACAUCAUCUCUAUAUUUGGCUGCUUUGAUUGCAUCAGUAUUUGCAUCNUUUGUUAUUCAACGUUUUGGGAGACGCCCUCCCAUGAUAUGUGGGGGUGUAUUUUUUUAUUUGGGUGGAGUCUCUGUCUUUUGUGCAUUCUUUCGCCCAGAUGCUGAAUUAGAUGGUUUUCAAAAAUACGGUUGGCUGUUAAUUGUCAGCCGCGUGUUUUAUGGUUUAGGAAUUGGAUCUACUCAUCAGUCUCUAUCAAUGUAUAUAUAUGAGGUUGCUCGAUAUCAAGAUAGAAAACUUCUAAAUAUGAUAUUCCCAUUGGUAAUUUCUAUUGGCAUCUUUGCUGCGAAUGUCAUCAACUACGUUGUUGCAAUAAAGGAGAAGGGAGAAGCAUGGCGUAACAGCUUACGCUUUGAAAUUUUUCAAAUGAUUUAUCUUAUAUGCACGUUUCUUCUAGAAUCACCAAUUUAUUUGAUUGAACGUGGUCUUUAUGAGAAGGGGAAGAUGGAACUUAUUUUGAUUCGAAAAACUACUGAUGUGGAAGAGGAGUUUAACAAUCUUAUGGCAGCAAACGAAUACAGAGCAAUGAAAGACCCUUGGAUCUCUUUAUUAAAGAGACAAUACAGACCCCAACUCAUACUUGCCAUAGCCAUUCCCUUGUUUCAGCAACUCACUGGCAUAAAUGUGAUUAUAUUUUAUGCUCCCAUUUUGUUCAAGACCAUUGGUUUUGGAGCCCAUGCUUCUCUCAUGUAUGCCAUGAUCAUUGGAGGCUGCAACGUAAUUGCCACUCUUGUCUCCAUAUUCACUCUUAACAAGAAGUUUGGUAGACGAACUCUUUUCUUACAAGGAGGAAUACAAAUGUUUAUUUGUCAGAUCCUAGCAAUUGCAUACAAAUUCGGACUUGAUGGAAAUGUAGGAAUAUUGCCAAAGUGGUAUGCUAUUGUGGUUGUGUGUGGCAUAUGUGUGUACGUGGCGGGAUUUGCAUGGUCUUGGGGUUCUCUAGGAUGGUUGGUUCCAAGUGAGAUUUUUUCAUUUGAAGUGCGUUCGGCUGCACAAAGCAUCAAUGUGUUUGUAAACAUGAUAUUCACCUUUGUCAUUGCGCAAAUUUUCACUACCAUGUUUUGUCACAUGAAGUUUGGAUUGUUCAUUUUCUUUGCAUGUAUGCUCAUUGUGAUUAACACAUUCAUCUACAAGCUUCUACCAGAGACCAAGGACAUUUCCAUUGAAGAAAUGCAUGUUAUAUGGCAGAGUCAUCCUUACUGGAAGAAGUUUGUUAAACCAAUUGAUAUCACUAUUAGUGAUGAGUUUUAG